UCUUUCAAGUUAGAAAAUGUUUUUAAGAUCCAACGUUAAUAUCAGGAAAUACGACAAAUACUGACUUUGGCUGAAGUCCUCGCUGAAAUUUGGUUCAGAAGAGCGAGGUGGGCCUCGGAGAUUCAGCAGAUGCAUCCUCCUGCUGAUGGGAGAAGAGAAUUGCAGUGGCACAUCAUGAUGAAAUGAGAGCAGCAUCGGAUCUAAUGAAGAAACUGGGUAUCCUAAAUGGAGAAUUCCUGGAUCUAGAAAGCGGAGUCAAAAGAAGGAGAAGCAGCAGUAUCAUCAGCAGGCGCGGGGCCUCUAAAAUGUCAGGCCUCUUUAAACCCAACCCACUUCUUUUUCUAAGCUUCGUAAUCUGUUUGGGCACAUUCAUUCUCCUCCUCGUUUCUUUUUACAACAGCAAUGUGCGAUGGGGAGCUUCUUCGAUUAAUCGGCGGGAGCAGGGGGCGGUGUACCCAUUUAAAGACCUCAAGAAUUUGGUGAUGGUGGCUGGACAUUCUGUGUAUAAAGGGGGGAGCAAGUGCGAGAAGGGGACAGAGGAGGAGGAGGCGGCGUGGUACUUGGAGUCAUAUCAGAGGCAUCCGGGUCAGGCUGCUACGUUUGUGGAUCACAUCAGGGAAGGAAUUAACAUGGCAGCCAUGGAUGAGGCCGCAUUGCUUUUGUUCAGUGGAGGCGAGACCAGGAAGGACGCUGGUCCUCGCAGCGAGGCACAGAGUUACUGGAAUGUUGCAGACAGCCACCAAUGGUUUGGAAAACAGAUGACUGUUAGACACAGAUCUCUGACAGAGGAGCAUGCUCGAGACAGUUUUGAGAAUCUUUUAUUUAGUAUUUGUCGUUUUCGGGAACUUACAGGAGUGUAUCCUCACAAUAUAACGGUUGUGAGUUAUGAUUUCAAGCAGAAGCGUUUUGCAUACCUUCAUCGGUCGGCACUAAGAUUUCCUUCUUUUAGAUUUUUCUAUGUUGGAACUCCUGCAUCACCAUCAUCUGCAGUUGCAGCAUCGAAGGGUGAGGCGUUGGUAAGAGAGCAAUUUCAGAAAGAUCCAUAUGGAUGUUCCGGAUCUUUACGUAUGAAACGACUAGGUCGUGAUCCUUUUCACCGAUCAAUUCCAUAUCCUAAUGGUUGCCCAGAGUUGGGUGGCUUAUUUGAUUAUUGUGGCAGAACUAUUUAUUCUGAAAAACUUCCUUGGGAUGAUUAAGUAGGUUUUGUUAGGGCUGAUUUGAAAUCUUUUAUAAAAAUCUGUUUCUAUACAAAUUGCAUAUCCAAAACCCGCCCAAAGGUAAAAGGGGAAUAUUAGUUUCUACACAAGCAUUCAAGUACAAAGACUGUUCACUUAUGGGUCUAACUUAUUAUAACCAUUUCCUACUUUGUGGGAAGUCUUUGAUGUGGCGUUGAUAGUUCUAUCACCUGUAUGUAAUAUAAUCUGGCUCCUUCUGAUAAAAGUUGUACCCUAUAACUUAAUAAAGUCCGAGAAAUUUUUCUAUUGGGGAAUAUCUAUUUUAUACUAAAUCAAGAUUGUUGAA